AUGGCGUCAAGAACAACGCUGCUAUUCGUUCUGGUCCUACUCCUGCCUGCUUCAUGCUCAUUCGCGCAAACGCGGAACGGCCGCGCCAUCAACUGGGCGGCAGUCUUCAACACCACGCGUUUGACGGCAGGGGUUCUUAGAGUACCCUACAAGGAGCUACACGCGAGCAUGAACGGCAGCGAAAUCGUCGCCACCACGGGCGAUCAGCAGGCCACCGGCUGGGCCAACCUCGUCGUGUACAAGUGGCGCGGCGACUUCAGCCUUAACUACAUGGUGACCGUGUCGCAGCUCACCAACACCGAGGUUCCCGUGUCCGCCGCUAUCCACGUGGCUCGGGCCCGCGCCAACGGCCCGGAAAUCUUUCGCUUCGAGAAGGCUAACUGGCGCCGCUUUAACCCCAACGCGAAGCGCCUUGUAACGCGGACGACGCAGGGGAACAACUACAUGCUUAGCGGAACGUACAGCGCGACGAGCGAGGAUAAGAUUGCAUCGGGCGAGACUGUAAAGCAGCUGAUUCUCGCGAUCCUGAAGGACCCUAAGCAGUUCUACAUCAUCGUAAAAACGCCCGCGUACCCUCUUGGCGCCGUUCGUGGGCAGCUUACAGUUAGCAGCGACUAG